UUUGUUCGUCUUUUGCAAGGGACUGAUCUGUUUGAGAUAUUGCAGGAGUUCAAGUUUGAAGAGUACUCGGAGGUAAAGAAGUGUUAUCCUCAUGGAUAUCAUGGCGUUGAUAAAUGUGGUAGGCCGAUAUAUAUCGAGAGGCUUGGCAUGGUGGACCUGAAUUCUCUGCUGCAAGGGACUACAGUAGAACGGUUAGUUAGAUAUCACGUAUCAGAACAAGAGAAGACACAAAAUCUGAGGUACCCCGCAUGUUCGAUUGCAGCGAAGAGGCAUGUAGCGUCUACAACAAGUAUUUUAGACGUUAAGGGAGUGGGGAUGUCGAAUUUCUCAAAGCCCGCGAGGUAUCUCUUCAUGGAGAUUCAGAAAAUCGACAGUAAUUACUACCCAGAGACGUUGCACAAGCUCUUCAUUGUCAAUGCUGGAUCGGGGUUCAAGAUGCUGUGGAAAGCCCUCAAGGCUUUUCUUGAUGCACGUACAUUGGCUAAGAUCACAGUGCUGGGAGACGACUAUCUCAACGUUCUCGUCGAAGUUAUCGAUCCUGUAAACUUGCCGAGUUUUCUGGGUGGAAAUUGCACUUGCGCUGACUAUGGUGGUUGCUUGUUUAGUGACAAAGGACCGUGGCAUAAUCCAGAGAUUGUAGAGAUGCUUCAGGAAUUUUCAUCUGAAGGAGAAGAAAACACCGAUGAGAUCCAAGGUGUAGAUCCCGAAGAUGACUCGGUUCCUAUAUCUAGAGAAUCUCAGGAGGAUGCCGGAACAACACACACGAACGGAGCGUUCUUGCAGAAGAUCCGAGCUCUGGAAGAUGUCCUAGGGGACACCAAGACGAAAAUCCAAGCACUGGAAGCUGCACUCGAGCAUACUAAGAUGGUUCUACAUGGACUUUUACAAGAAAUAGAUCUAAUAAAGACUUGAAGAAACCGGCAAGUUUAUUAAUACAAAUUUCGCAGUGGGCCGGUACCUCAAGGGAUUGGCUUCAGAAGCCAUUUCUGCGUGCACCAACGUUCUUCUCUUGGGGGAUCCUGAUGCAGCUGUGUUCUUGGAUGGCUAUGUUGUUCGGUCCUCACCUCUUCAACUAAAAGCUGCCCAAGUUUCAAGCCCAGCAAAAGCCAUUUCAAAUUCCUGCAAACUUGGAGAGAGGGGAAGCUACGGAGAAAGAACAGAAUUCCAGAAAGCUUCCGCCGCGACGAAAGCUUAAGCUGAAACCUCUUGCCUUAUGAUUUUUCUUUUGAAAUCACUUUUGGAAUCAGAGGAGAAUCAACUCCAUUGCGUGA